AUGCCCCACGGGGGCCAACAAGGUCCCAUUCGAUGUCCCCUGCCCCCUCUGCCAGGACGCAGCAAGCCCAGGGGCCUCCUGACCUCAGGAUGUGAGUGUUCUGAGCCUGAGGGCUUUGUCACACUCACCCGUACCUGCAGGGGCAUGCCCUGCACAUUAGAGGUGCUCGGUGAGAAAAGUCCCAGAGGGCUUCCUAACUGGCCGGAAGAGCUCAUAUGCAGCCGGAGGAAGAGACCAGAAAUUGACCAAGAAAUUGAGGCUAAGGCCCGGCACAGUUCUACAAAUCUCCGUGUUUCAGAUGAGGAAGUGGAAGCUCAGAGAGGUUACACGACUCGGCCAAAGUUGCCCAGAUACCCGAGGCUCUCCGGCCUGCGUGUGCGGGAUCACGUGCAGAACGGGCUCACAGGCAGUUUCCUGGGCUCCAGCCCUCAGACUCUGGUGGAGAAGGUCGUGCGGGAGGUCCAGGGAUUUGCGUUUUCAGUGAACCUCCUUUAUUCCCGCCAUCCUGGUGACUCUGGCUACCACCUGCCCGGCAUCCGGGCCUCCUUCUCCAGCACUGCUGGAACAUUCCUCCUGCCGGGAGGCAGCCUCCCAGGGCCUCCUCCCAAGUGCGACUGUCCCACUUCACACCUCCGGGUGGUGGCAGCCGCGGCCAGCCAGCGGGGAUGCCGGGAGGCCGAGACGGAGGCCCAGCUAAGGCCUUCUGUCUCCUGCCCUCCAUCCCCAGGACAAGCAGGGCCUGCUCCGCCCGGGGCUGCCCAGCUGGGGUCGGAGCGGGUGGAGAAUGAAGACCGCAGUCUGUCUUCUCAGGGCUCGCAGCCAUCCCCUCCAUCACCACCAUCACCACCUCCAUCACCACCAUCACCACCUCCAUCACCACCAUCACCACCAUCUCCAUCACCACCUCCAUCACCAUCAUCAUCACCACCUCCAUCACCAUCAUCACCACCUCCAUCACCACCAUCACCACCACCUCCAUCACCACCUCCAUCACCACCAUCAUUACCACCUCCAUCACCACCAUCAGCACCUCCAUCACCACCAUCACCACCUCCAUCAGCACCUCCAUCACCACCAUCACCACCACCUCCAUCACCACCAUCACCACCUCCAUCAGCACCUCCAUCGCCACCAUCAUCACCACCUCGAUCACCACCAUCACCACCUCCAUCAGCACCUCCAUCACCACCAUCAUCACCACCUCCAUCACCACCAUCACCACCUCCAUCACCACCACCUCCAUCACCACCAUCAUCACCACCUCCAUCACCACCAUCACCACCUCCAUCACCACCACCAUCACCACCAUCAUCACCACCUCCAUCAUCACCACCAUCACCACCAUCAUCACCACCUCCAUCACCACCAUCAUCACCACCUCCAUCACCACCAUCACCACCUCCAUCACCACCACCAUCACCACCAUCAUCACCACCUCCAUCAUCACCACCAUCACCACCAUCACCACCACCUCCAUCACCACCAUCAUCACCACCUCCAUCACCACCACCAUCACCACCACCAUCACCACCUCCAUCAUCACCACCAUCACCACCAUCAUCACCACCUCCAUCACUACCAUCAUCACCACCUCCAUCACCACCUCCAUCACCACCAUCACCACCAUCUCCAUCAGCACCUCCAUCACCACCAUCAUCACCACCUCCAUCACUACCAUCAUCACCACCUCCAUCACCACCUCCAUCACCACCUCCAUCACCACCAUCACCACCUCCAUCAGCACCUCCAUCACCACCAUCACCACCACCUCCAUCACCACCAUCACCACCUCCAUCAGCACCUCCAUCACCACCAUCAUCACCACCUCCAUCACUACCAUCAUCACCACCUCCAUCACCACCUCCAUCACCACCUCCAUCACCACCAUCACCACCAUCUCCAUCAGCACCUCCAUCACCACCAUCACCACCAUCUCCAUCACCACCUCCCACCUCCAUCCCACCUCCAUCACCACCUCCAUCACCACCUCCAUCACCACCAUCACCACCUCCAUCACCACCAUCACCACCAUCUCCAUCA